AUGUCGGCCGACCAAGCUCCUCUCUACCCGGUAGCCGUCAUCCUCCCAAUUCUCGCCUUCGGCUCAUGGAUACUCUGCAUACCACCCCUGAUAUGGCACUUUUCACAGCGCAACAUCGCAGCUGGCUCACUCAUCCUCUGGAUCAUCAUGACAAACUUCUUUGAUUCGGUCAACCCGCUCAUUUGGCCCCGUGACAAUAUUACAGAAUGGUGGGACGGUAAGAUAUGGUGCGAUAUCAACGUCCGCAUUCAGAUCGGGGGAACGGUGGGUAUGGCAGCGUCUGUUACCAUGAUUGUGAGGAAGCUGGCCCGGGUUAUGGAUACGCGAAACAUCACAAUGUCGACCAGCAGAAACAACAAGAAGAAAGAGAUGAUACUGGACAUGCUGGUUUGCUGGGGAUACCCUUUGGUGUUGAUCAUAGUGUACUACGCCGUCCAACCCAUGCGGUACUUGAUCUACGGCAUCGUAGGUUGUUGGUCAGCGUACCAUACGAGUUGGCCAAGUGUGGUCUUGAGCUAUAUGUGGGGACCCAUCACCAUGUGUGUUGCUGCAUACUAUGCUGGCCUCCUGCUCUACCGUCUCUACCGCUACCGCCGCGAGUUUAACCGCCUAGUCGCCGCUCGCAACACUACCAAGUCCCGCUUUGUUCGUCUCUUCGUCAUCUGCAUCGUAAUCAUCCUCUUCUACCUGCCCUACACCUUCUACCUCCUCUCCAUCUUGAUCCCGGAAAUCACAGACCCAUACGAUUGGAAGUCUGUCCACGGCCCGAACUUCAACUCCAUUAUCAUGAUCCCCGUUUUCGGGCAGGUGUUCCUGGACAAAUGGGGACAAGUCGCCAGUGGAUACGUAAUAUUUCUCGUCUUCGGCACGGGAACCGAUGCGCACAACACAUACAGGAAGAUGCUACUCGCCGUCGGGCUCGGCAGGAUCUUCCCAAGUCUACACCACAUGCGCGAGAGCGGCGCGUCGACACCCUCAAGUUUCAUCGCCGCCCGUACGUGGAGCUCCGCGAUGGGUAACAAAGCAAAGAGCUACUUUGUCAGACCCGGCUCCAUCACAGAAACCUACGACGGGAGUACACGCAAUGACUCGAUUGCCAUGCCUAGCCUCGCCUCCGUGUCCACUGAGACGCCCAUCCUCCAACGAAGAACCAACCGUGCUUCGUCCAUGUCCUUUUUCAAACGCAUCAUCUGCCGUCGCGGUAGCAAUGGUCCGAUCCUCCCGUUGUUCAGCGAUCAUUCUACAGCAAAGACCAUUCAUGUGGAGACGGAGAUGGAGAAGUCGAGACCCGAAUCUAUCUCUCCGGGAGUGUAUGCACACGCCUGGGCUUCUGAUAGUCGACGACCCCUCAGCGAGCCGGUCGGCGUGCAUGUUGUCCGGGAGAUUCACCAGGCGCGUCAUGAGAGGAGUGAGAGCGGUCAAGUGAGAAAUUCAGCGGAUGCUUGGACUUGA